CAUGGAAUGCAUUAAAGACCUUCCCACUCCCCCACACCCCAGAGACUCCAACUGGUAAUGGAUGGGCUAGGAAGCCCCACCUUUCCCGGAUGGCAUCACCAUGGGGCGGGGGGGGGGGCCGGAGGAGGAGUAUAUUACAGGGGUCCCUUGGCUCCAGACAGCCCAGAGUAGCCGCAGGACACAAGAAGACUCCACUCCUGUUCCCUGUCUUAAAGUGACAGCCCUCCCAAUUAGCUCUGAGCAUCCGUCACCCCCUGGGGUACCCCUUGCCCCCUAGUCUCCGGUCCAGCAUCCCAUCUGCCCUGGGCUGGUGGGCACGCCCUGCUCCCGAUGCCCAUGCUCUCCUCCAGCAUGAACUGCGUAGCCGAGUUCUUCACCUACGAGACCACCAAGUCGGUGGUGGUGAAGAGCUGGACCGUUGGCGUGAUCAACCGGGCUGUGCAGCUGCUCAUCAUCUCAUACUUCAUCGGCUGGGUGUUUCUCCAUGAGAAGGCGUACCAGGUGCGGGACACCUCCAUUGAGUCCUCUGUGGUGACCAAGGUCAAGGGCUUCGGCAAAUACACCAACAGGGUCAUGGACACAGCAGACUACGUUACACCCCCACAGGGGAUGUCCGUCUUCGUGAUCAUCACUAAGCAGAUUGUCACAGAGAACCAGGUGCAAGGCUUCUGCCCUGAGAGUGAAGUGAAGUACAGCUGUGUGUCUGACAGCGACUGCCAGAGGCCCGUCCCUACCACGGGAAGCGGGAUCCUGACUGGCCAGUGUGUGAACUACAACAGGAGCCUGCGGACCUGUGAGAUCCAGGGCUGGUGCCCGGCUGAGGUGGACACCGUCCAGGCGCCCAUCAUGCUGGAGGCAGAGAAUUUCACCCUCUUCAUUAAGAACAGCAUCCGCUUCCCGCUCUUUGACUUUGAGAAAGGUAACCUGCUGCCCAACCUCACGGCCCAGGACAUCCGGACGUGCCGCUUCCACCCAGUCACCCAGCCCUUCUGCCCCAUCCUGCGCCUGGGUGACAUCGUCCGCUUUGCCGGACAGGAUUUUUCCAAGCUGGCCUCCACGGGAGGAAUUCUGGGGAUCAAGAUCGGGUGGGUGUGUGACCUGGAUCGCUCGUGGGAGCACUGCGUGCCCAGCUACACCUUCACCCGCCUCGACAGUGUCUCCGAGAAGAACAGUGUCUCUCCCGGCUACAACUUCAGGUAUGCCAAGUACUACAGGCGGGAGAACGGCACUGAGUACCGCACCCUGAUGAAGGCUUUUGGCAUCCGUUUCGAUGUGCUGGUCUACGGGAACGCUGGGAAAUUCAACAUCAUCCCAACCCUGAUCAACACUGUGGCAGCCUUCACCUCCGUCGGGGUGGGCACUGUGCUGUGUGACAUCAUCCUCCUCAACUUCCUGAAGGGCGCAGAGCAGUACAAGGCAAAGAAGUUCGAAGAGGUGACGGAUGUGACCCUGCGCCACAGCCCCGUGUACAGGAGCAGCCAGAUGCUGGGAGGCCGGAACGACGAGAAGCAGUCAACCGACUCGGGGGCCUACUCCAUCGGCCUCUAGCACCCCUGGCCCUGGCGACUGGACAGUUUCCUACCCACCCCCUGCUGCCGCGGGCACCUCGCCCCUGCUCACUGGCAAGGGCAUCUUUUGUACACCCCCCUCCUGUGAUCCUCUGCUUCUUCCUCAUCACCGAUUCCCAGAUUCCAGAGGGGGGAGGAGGAAGCAGUCCUGGGCGUGACGGGACAUCCGGGCUCAGAGACGUGCUAUUACCCCCCCUCCAGUGCUGACUUCACUCUCCCACGCCAGGGCUUUUUAAUCAAUAAAACUCACUUUCUUGUCAG